AUGGCAGCCUCAAACUGUUUGAGAAUAUAACAACAUGAAUUUCUACAUCAAACUGGCAACACAAACUGUAUAUAAGUAAUUUAAAUAAUGUGCUGCGAAGAUUUAAAUGUGAUGACAGAUUCAAGGAUGUAGACGAAACGACUUGCAGAAGGACGAAUAUUAGUUCGAGAUUACAAACGAAUUCGAACAAGACGUUCCGCCAUGUCAACUCUUAUCUUAUUUCUCCUGGUUGUCUGUUCAAUUGAUAAUGCAGCUGGUGCCUGCACGUUUCCGUCAGACCUAAGGGGAACAUGGGUCAGCAGCGACAGCGGAUCACUUACCUUCAACUCCAGUCAUGUUGCUGACUACACGGUGUACAACCAGGGCACCAUCACUUUCGCCUGCGAAUCUCUUGUGGGCAGCUAUUACAUCCUCAAAUCGGAGGAGUUUACGCUAUUUAGUAGUCCUGCUAUUGCUGUGAUGUGUAUCUCCUUCACUAGUCUCAAGGAGUCGUUGUACAAAUACCAAAUUCAUACAAGUAUGUUGCAGGACGCAGGCUACCAGAGAAUAAGGUUUGUUGCCACAGGUACUACAGUGGACUCCUCUCUGGCCUGUACAGACCUCGGUAGUUCUGAUUACUACCUCCUCAUGGCAGAUGGUCAGAUAUCAGCUGUAAAGGAACAGUGCCCGGAUAUAUUCCUGGGAACAUUUGGAUUUUCCUUCAAUGAUUCCGACUGUACUAAUAACACGGGUUCUCUGGACGUGUGCACUGACCUCAACACGAUGACCUUCAACUAUUCCGUGUGCAGCACUGUACAGGCUUACUCUAGUGGAGGGAGUCUGAACUGCCUGUAUUCCAGCACGACUGGUGAUGUUACCACCCUCAAUGUAUACAACCUGGAUAGCACAACAGACGAAAGUACUACCUUCAGGUUUACAUGUUAUGUGAUCGAGCAGACAUCUGGGUCUAGUAAUGUGUAUGCUACCCAGUACCCCAAGGACUGUCACGUUAACCAGACGUCCACGUACGUGCCCGGCCCCGGGGCUAACCUCACAAUGCUUGCCAGUGUUACUUGUGUUCCUACUUCGACGACGGAAGCAACAUCUGUGUCACAAGCAAGCCUGUUCGCUGGUGUCGCUGCUGGGUUAUUUGUGCUGCUUUUGCUUGUGUUACUCAUAGUUUGCUUCUACUGCUACAAGAAGAAGAGCAAGAUCCAACCAGCGGGGAUGGCUCCAAUCGAUACAGCCAUGCCAUAUCAGAAGGAAAAGGAAGAUUUGGGGGAUUUAGAGCUGGAGGAAGCCCACUCGGAAGUACCUCCGCGUUCUACAGAGGCGGAGCCACCAACGGCAAUAGGUCAUUCGAGGAAAGAUGACAACACGGAUGGACCAAGGGGUGCGCUUGAAAGACAAAUGUCUAAAGAAAUCACCAUACACUUCAGAGACCUGAAAGAGCUAGAAUUGAUGAAGGAGAGAGCCAAGAUGCAGACCCUAGUAGAUGAAUGCCCUAUAACAAAAGAGAAAGAUCACCAUUGGACGCCAACCUUUGACGGAUCAGUCCGGCCAAGGCUAGAGCUGACCUAUGUGGAACCAACCGAUUACAAAGAUGUAGUCAAUCAGCUACAUCCGAACGGCAAUGUAGCGAACGGUCACGUGACUCAUGGGCAACCCAGUGGCAUUGCUAUGCACACGCCCAGUAACAAUCUGAUGACGCAGCCAGUGUUCGAACAGGAUGAAGAUGAAUAUGAAUCUGAGGAUGAUGACAACCUUUUCAUUUCUCCAUCUGAUACAAACGCCGGAACGGAAACGAAAUCCAAACCCAAGAAAAAGAAGAAAAAGAAAAAGAAGAAACAUGUUCAAAUUAAGGAUAACAAAUAACCUAAGAUAUAAAAACUAAAUUAUGUACUGUACCGGGUACCUAUCUGAACGAUAAUUGAUUUUCGUAUUCAGGAUAGUUCAUGGUUCGGCUCCAAAGUACUACCUGCGCAAAUUACUCGAGUGCGGUGUUGAUACGUGAUUAUAUACAAUGCACGUUCGUGAACGUAAAUAAAGCUAUAGAUGAAAUACGUUUACUAUGCAUCGGUGCAUCAAGAAUGUUAACAAUUAAAAGGUAUCAGCUCAAUGAGCUAUCUCUUCAUACAAGUGUGGUGGUGUUUGUAUUGUAAAAUAAUUACCAAUACUAACAGGUAUAUCUGCAUUAAAUUAAUUGAUAUUGUUCUCGCAUGUUAAAUUCAAACUUAGUAUUCAGAAAUAAUCAAAAUUGUCAUAUUAUCAUAAACUGUUAUUUAGAAAAAACGUUUCGUUUUAGAAUGUUUGCAUAUUUGUCCGUUUAAUACUAGUAUUGCCGUGGCUCUACCUUUUUCUAAAUUAUGGAGAGAAUAUCACUUGUUCGUUGAGAAAUAUCAUAUUUAUCCGUUAAUAUUUUCAUGAGUGUGAAACCAAGUCAAAAAUAUUAAUCACAUGAAUUAAGAUUUUAAUUGUACUGGUUCAUCAAGAAACCAGAACGAGUCUAUGUGUUACAUUUUCUUCAAAGGACAAUCAUGUUACUGAGGUACACUCAUCGUCAAUGUCACGUCAAAUGACACGGUCCAAUUUAUCAUAACGUCACAAGAGGUUACUCUCAAAGGUAUAUCAUAGCAGUGAACGGUGUUCUCUGACUGGCCAAUUCACUAUUCAACUUUAUUUUCAUCAUAAAAUUGUUAUUUCGUAGAUGCGAAGGUAACAGAUUAUGUUUAUAUUCUGUAACUUGUGUAGUAUUGUGAAGCGAAUAAUAGCAUGUCGUUAUCCUCAGUAUACUUGUUUCAUUCCUUUACAUGUAGAUAAGACUCAUGUGGAAUAUGUAUUACGACUAUUAUGUCGUUAUCCUAAGUAUAUUUGUUUCAUUCCUUUACAUGUAGAUAAGACUCAUGUGGAACAUGUAUUACGACUAUUAUGUCGUGCUGUAUUAUCAUUACCAACAAAAGUAGUACUGUCAAAUUAGAACGUCUGCAAAGGAGAGAAGCCCAAACUGUUUUGAACUGUUGUCUUCCACACGUUCCUGUAACAAACAAAAGAAUUGUAUACAACCAAGCAAUUCAUAUGUACAAGAAAAACUAGUUCUUCUUGUUUUAAACAAACAUAUUUAGAAAAUCUUUUAGAUAUCGCAGACCACCUACAUGGAAUCUUUUACCAAGUCCUAUUAAAAAUUGUUCCUAACUUUUAGAAUUCAAGAGAUCUGCAAAGCAAUUUUAAAUUUAGCUUUAAUUUGGAUGUAAAAACUUUCUAGUAUAUAUGUGAAACGACAUUAUUGUGACGUCUUAAAAUGCGGUGAUGUCAUUAUAGUCCAGGUCAAAGAGGAAAAUGGCGGCAUUUUUCCGUUGUUUUAUACUUGUGAUAUGAUGUGUUAUUUCACCUAGGCAUAUACAAUUCUCAAAUUCGUUCCUGCUAUAUCCAGUUUUUUUUUUUAUAAAUUUACCGAAGUUCUAUCCAUUCAAGUCAAACGAAAAGUUAAAUUUGAAAUUCCCGAGAGUGUUGUACAAUGUACUUUCUUAUAAAAUAAUGCCAUUACUGUUGUAGUUUAUUCAUAUUCACUUCUGCAUAUUGUUUUAUAUUUCCAAAUAGGAAACAGAUCUGAAAUUAUAAAGUGGUUAUCUGCCACGCUUAAAACAAUUCCAAAGCUCAAUUCAUGUUUUGGUCAUACUUGUUUUCAUUUGGUAUAUUCAAUGUAACAUGUAAUUAACUUGAUAUUAAAAAUA